AUGAUGGUUCAGCUUGCUCGCGUCAUCUACUCGAAUAUUUACCGGGAAGACGAUAGACCAGAAUACCGACGUGGCAACCGGGUUUUGAUCGGAAUAUGCUGCAUGAACAUCUGCGUUUAUCUAAUCGCUAAGGCAUUGUAUAUGUGGUGUAACAAUAAAAGAGAAAAAGAAUGGAAUGCAAUGACGGAAGAGGAGAGGAUUCACUACCUCGAGACGACGAAAGAUGAGGGCAGUAACCGUAAGGAUAUUCGCUUCAAGCACUAG